AUGGGCUCCCGAGGCUGCGUCCUUCAACCAGAGGGAAAACCCCGGUCCUGGUGCCGAGACCGCUUCUUCCUCACCACUGACAAGACGCACCUCGACGCAAAGGUCGUCAACGCCGUCUUCGACUCGGACCUCAUGUGGUGGAACGACCCGCUCGAGAUGAACCAGAUGCGCAAGAUGCUCGACAACUGCCUCACCCUGGCCCUCUUCCACGUGCCGGAUACCGCUGAGGAGAUGAAGAGCAACGGCGGCGUGCCCAGCAGCAUGACUGGCCCCAACUGCAAAAUGAUUGGUCUGGCUCGCAUCGUCACCGACUACGUCACCAUCGCAUACCUCACCGACGUCUUCAUCAUGGAGGAGUUUCAGCGGCGCGGGCUCGCCUCUUGGAUGAUGUGCGCUCUCAAGGAGCUGGUCGACGAAUGGCCCAAUCUCCGCGGGCUCAUGCUCAUGACCCACGACCGGGCUGCCGCGCGCAUGUACCAGCGGACCCUUGGCGCCGUCGACUUUGACAAAGGUCCUUCGGCAGGCUUGGUCGUCUUGGAGAUGGGCGGCAGGGGCCAGAAGGACGUCCCGCAACAUUAG